UGUCUACUGCCUUGUAUGCUAGAGAUAUGACUUGUGUCCAAAUAUCAUAUUUCUUCACUUCCUCAAACCUCAUCGUCAUGUUGGUUCACAACUUUACCUAAGAAUGAUCUUAAUAGAGCUAAAGAUCAGCUAUUGGCACAAUUUGAGGUGAAAUUAGGAAAACAAAUUGGUAUGUUUGCUGUCCAAAUCCUACCUUCACCACAGUAAGCCUUAAGAAAAUUGGCUGACAGUCUUGCUUGGGGAUCUUCAGAUUUUGGAAACAAAACAGGGAGUUGACCUUAAUAUAUUCAGUUUUUUCAGUUAACAUCAGGUAAACUUCAUUUUUCACAACUCAUAGUCAUCUCUCUCUCUCUCUCUCAAUACUGUAAUGGAUACGGAGCCAACUCAGUUCCAGAUAUCCCAGAUGGAGGCGAUUUUGGGGCCUGAUUCGGAGCCAUUUGAAACCUUUAUUUCCGAUCACAUGUCGAGCUCCGAGGAAAAUGAUUCGGAGGCUAAGUUGUCAAUGUUCAACAUGAUAAAGCACAAGGAUCCCGAGUCUCUUGCUAUUAAGCUUUGUAACUUCCUCAGCUCUUCACAAAACAUUGAUUCCCGUGAAAAGUGUGUUGUCCUCCUAAGUAAGUUGCUUACUGCUGAUGAUAAUGACUUGUGCAAUACUUGGCGCAAUCUAAGUGUCUCUACUCAAUCCACCAUCAAAUGCACUCUCCUUAAUCGUAUUUCCCAGCUUGAAGAAUCAAAAUCCAUCAUCGUAGAGCUCCGUGGCACUGUUAUGGAUCUAGCUGCUUCACUUAUACCAGAUAAUAACUGGCCCGAAUUACUGCCAUUCUUGUACCAAUGCCUCACCUCCACUUCAAGCAACAAGUUAAAAGAGUCGGCUUUCUUAAUUUUUGCUUACCUAGCUGACGACAUUGGUGAAAUAAUGGUCCCUAAUUACGUAAAAAUGUUGCACCCUUUAUUUCUUAAUACACUGAAUGACGAUACCCUCAAUGAUCUCGAUGUGAGAAUCGCUGCCAUGAACGCUGUCAUCAGCUUUAUUCAGUGCAUACCUAGUUCAAAUGAAAAGGAGCGGUUUCAAGAUCUCUUGCCAGGUAUGAUGAAGACGUUGACUGAUGGAUUGUGCAAUGGUGAUCAGGAGGAUGCAGCAAAGGACGUGCUGGAUCUUUUCAUUGAGUUAGCUGAGAAUGAGCCUAAAUUCUUGAGGCGACAACUAGUGGUUGUUGUGGGCUCAAUAAUGGAGAUAGCAGAGGCUAAGAGUUUGGAAGAGGAGACGAGGCACUUGGCAAUUGAGUUUAUGUUAACUUUGGUUGAGGCCAGGGACAAGGUCCCUGGCAUGAUGAAGAGGGUGCCACGGUUUACAGACACUUGUUUUGCUAUCUUAUUGAAUUUGUUACUGGAUAUUAAGGAUGAGCCUAGCUGGCAUAGUGCGAACACCGAGCAUGAGAAUGCAGGGGAAAGGGACAGCUAUGGUUUUGGUAAGGAGUGUUUAGGCCGGUUUUCUAAAGCAUUAGGUGGCAAGACUGUUGCUCCUAUUGCCAUAGAGCAGCUGUCUGCUUAUUUGGUUGCCCCUGAGUGGGAGAAACGACAUGCAGCUCUCAUUGCACUUGCUUCUAUUGCUAAAGGUACCUCAAAGGUGAUGAUCAAGUAUUUGGAGCAAAUAGUGAAUAUGGUUUUGCGUUCUUUCCAAGAUCCUCAUCCUCGAGUCAGAUGGGCAGCUAUUAAUGCAAUCUACCAGCUGUCGACUGAUUUCUGUCCAGACUUGCAAGAACAGUAUCAUAACCAAGUAUUGCCUGCAUUAGCUGCAGCUAUGGAUGAUUCUCAAAUUCCACGAUUAUCUGAAAAGCCAGAAACUCUGAUACCCUACUUAGAUGGAAUACUCAACAGAGUGUUUGUACUUCUACAGAAAGACAAUCAAAUGGUUCAGCAAGCAGCAUUAAAUGCAUUGUCUGCUACAGCUGAUUUGUCUAAGGAGCACUUCCAAAAGUACUAUGAUUCUGUAAUGCAAUAUUUGAGGACUAUCCUGGUAGAUGCAAAUGAUAAAUCUAAUCACAUGCUUCAAAGCCAAGCCUUGGAGUGCAUAAGCAUAGUCGGGAUGGCUGUAGGCAAGGAGAAAUUCAGAAAUGACUUUAAGCAGGUUAUGGAAGUGCUUAAGUCAUUACAAGAAUCACAAGCAAAAGAGUUUGAUACUAUUGUUCGCAGUGUACAGGCAUACGGUAGAAUUUGCCAGUGCAUGGGAAAGGAUUUUCUUCCUUACAUGAGUACCAUCAUCCCUCCUUUGGUUGAAUGUGCUCAGCUUGAGCCCGAUAAGACCGUAUCCUCAGAUAAAUUAGAUGAUAGCAUACACAAAGUCAAGUUUGGGAACGAAAUAAUAUGUGUCAAAGGAAGUGACCUCCUAGCAGGGAAAUCUGUAGCCUGUAAAAUCCUUGCUUUAUAUGCUCAGAAAUUGGAAGAAGACUUCUACCCAUGGAUUUCCCAGGCUGCUUCAAUUUUUGUUCCCCUACUGAAAUUCGAUUUCAACAAUGAUGUCAGGGAAGGUGCUAGUGCUGCAUUGUACUUCCUGUUGCAUUCCGCUAAACUGGCGGUAGACAAAGGGACUGCUCAAGGUGGAAACCAGGCGUACCUCAAGCAGUUAUCUGGCGAUAUAAUACUGGCUAUUGGGGACACUUUAUAUUCGGAGCAUGAGACAGAGGUAUGUGCAACUAAAUUGAGUGGAUUGAAAGAGUGCUUAGAGAUCUGUGGACCACUUCUCAAUGAAGAUCAGGUUCAUAGCAUCAUUGAUGAGAUAAAGCACGUCAUUAUAGAAAGUUCACAUAGAAAAGGAGAACUCACAGAGAGAGCAAAAGCAGAAGACUUUGAUGCUGAGGAAGCUGAAUUGCUAAGGGAGGAAAGAGAGCAAGAAGAAGAAAUUUUCAGCGGUGUUGCUGAAAUAUUGGUUACAUUGAUCAAAUCAUUCAAAGCUUCUUUUAUGCCUUUCCUCGAUGAGCUUUCACCAUAUCUAAUGCCUACGACGGGCAAGGAUAAAACAGCUAAAGAGAGAAGCAUAUGUAUUUAUAUCUAUGAUCAACUUAUGGAGCAUUGCGGUGAAGCAGCUCUAAAGUACUAUAAUAUGUAUCUUCCUUUUCUUUUGGACGCAUGCAACGACGACAGUUCAGAUGUUAGACAGAAUGCACUUUAUGGACUGGGGCUUUCCGCUGAAUAUGGUGGUUAUGCUUUCAGACCUUUUAUUGGAGAAGCUCUUUCAAGGAUCAAUGUAGUCAUUACGCAUCUCAAUGCUCUUGAACCAGAGAAUGCAGAGGCAUAUGACAAUGCUGUUUCUGCACUUGGUAAGAUAUGUCAGUUUCAUCGGGAAACUAUUGACUCAGCGCAGAUCAUUGCUUGGUUGAAUUGUCUUCCUAUAAAAGAUGACAAGGAUGAAGCCAAAGUAGUUCACGACCAGCUCUGUUCAAUGGUUGAGAGAUCAGACAGAGAACUUUGGGAUCCCAACUAUCUGCACCUUCCAAAGGUUAUUUCAGUUUUUGCAGAGGUUCUAUGUGCCGGAGAGGAUCUUGUUACGGAAGAAACUGCAAAACGCAUGAUUAAUCUGUUGAGGCAUUUUCGGAAAACAGUACCAGCAGCCACCUGGGAAUCAGCAUGUUCCUUGCUAUUGCCUCAGCAGGAGAUGGAAUUGGAAUCCAUCCUAUCACCUGAAGAAGAUGUUAACAUUUCAACCCACACAAUGAAAUUACUAGUCUUGUGAACUUGUGGGGAUCAAAUAUUUUGAUGCUAAAUUCUAUCUCACAAGCUUAAGGUUGGUCAUGUGUAAGGUUCAGAGUUAGUAUGGAGAGUCUUGUCUAGUCAUUUUCUCGUUAUUGUUUUUUGUUGCCAAAGUUAGACUCUUGCCACUA